UAUCUAAUGUCAGGUUCUUUCAUACUUAACGUAGUUUCCAUGUCUCGUUUCGGGACCUUAGUGUUAAUUUUCGCCUUGUUAACAGUGCUAUUACACACAACAACACAAACAACUUUACACUGCCUACAUAUGAUUUUGCGCAUGCGCAGAGGGAAUACGACCCCAUUGCUUGAAGGCUGUUUUACGGCUGUCUCAUACCUUUGUUGUUGCCAUGGUAUCACUUAAACAGUCAUUCAAGUAACCCUUUGUGCAUCCGUGAUUGUAAGGAGCUGAGGGUAUAACAUUUUGGGAAUGUUUUAUUAUUUAAAACAUAAUUUGGUAAGGGAUAUGUUGCUAAUUGUCCCGCUGUUAUGAUACGUCGUUACAAAUAACCGUUCUGCGGUGGGUGCAAUGAUUGGCCAGUCAUAGCCGCCAUCUUUAGCGUUUUAAAAUCCUUUUCGUCUCUUCAAUACAGUCUGAUAAAUGACUGUGGUGUAACCGCCGUGUAGCACAGAAACCUGACUACGUGAGCGGUAUCCCUCCGCUUUGUUUACAUGGCCAAAUCCUACCUACUGCUCGUCUCGUUUUAACAUUGAAUACAUAGCAACUACCUUGACAGCUGAUGGAGCUAACAGCUAACAUUAUGAAUGCAGACCUGAAGGAUUCCCGUGAUAAACUGCAUGUGUUUGAGCCUGAUAUGAAAACUAAAGAGGAGAUCAUCCUGAAAGAAGAGGAUGAGUCACAAGAAGAGGGAGAGUAUGAGGUAAAUACUACUGACAUUUCUAGACAUGCAAUGGUUUCAGACUUGGAACUGAAUGAACUUGAAGACAGCAGGAACAAAAUAAGUAAGCUUACCAUGAAGCAGACGACCUGGGCUGUGAAUUGCUUCAUUGGCUGGUUGGAGGCCCAGGGGCUUCAGGUGGACCUGACUACAGUAGAGAAGACUGAGCUCAACGGGGUGCUGAGACACUUUUACGGAUCGGUACGAAACGGCAAAGGAGAGCUGUAUGGGAUUGCCAGUUACAUUGCGCUGAGAGCUGGAUUAAAUCGUUACCUCAAAGAGCCUCCUGUCAGCCGCCCCGUGUGCUUAAUGAGAGAUGCUGAGUUCACCUCAGCCAACAAGGUGUUCCUGGGAGUGCUCAAGAGAAUUCGGAAGGGCGGUCGAAACUUAAGAUCACACCAUCAGGCACUGUCUUCUAGUGAUAUCUGCAUCCUCAGACACUCGCGUGCGAUGGACACCAGCACUCCGAGGGGACUACUGAACAAAGUCUGGUUUGAUGUCCAGGUACAUUUUGGCCGCAGAGGGAAGCAGGCCAACAGGAAUCUAAAGCCAGAUUCAUUUGUAAUCCGAAAAGACGAGAGAGGACGGAGGUGCUGUGCUUUAUCCUUUGGUGACGAAACUAAGAUGCACAUUGAGAAGGACCGAGGCUCUAUGUUUGAGAAGCCAGGCAGUGCAUUCUGUCCCAUUACUUCUCUUUUGAAGUACCUGAGCAAGCUCCCAUGCAACGCAACCGCCCUUUACGUGCAGCCCAAGAAGGAUCUUACAGAUGAAAUCUGGUACAGCCACACCCCCCUCGGAGUCAAUUAUCUGGGCUCAAUGCUUGCUCGCAUGUGUAAAGAAGCCGGCACAUCGAUCAUCUAUACCAAUCACUGCAUCCGAAGCACACCCUUUCACUUACUGUGUGACCCAAGACUGGAGGCAAGAGAAACGAUGCCUGUCAGCGUGCACAGGACUGAAAGCUCCCUCCAAAGUCCCCAGACGCCAUCCCUCGGGGGCCGUAAGCUGCGUAAGAUAUUGCCAAAGAGCGAUUCAGCUGGCCCAGCAGGUUUGGAUUUAAACCAUGAAGAAUUCCUUGAGGAUUACCCAUUCCUCCAGAAUGCUUCGAACCAGAACUACGUCCCAGACGCUGUGCUGCCGCCUGGAGAGCCAUGGCUCCACGGCGGCCCCUCCCGGGCAGUGCUGUCCCUGCCCUCCUGCCUGUGCCUGUGCGGGGACGUCAGCUCUGGGAUGUCUGGUCCUGGAUCUUCUGAUGAAGACCAGAUGGGAGAGAUGAAAGUGUACGCCAAGUGUCACCUUCAGAAGGGCGUAAUGUUUGGGCCGUUUCUAGGAGAAGUGUGCAGAGGACAAAUGCCGAGCAACCUCAAAUACGCAUGGGCUAUCAGGGAUGAUGCUGGUUUUGUCUACGUCGAUGCUUCCGAUGAAAGCAAAUCUAACUGGAUGAGGUACGUAACAUAUACCAGCAGUGAGGAGGAGCACAACCUGGUCAUUUUCCAGUUCUACCGCCACAUCUACUACAGGGUUUCCCAGCCCAUCACAGAAGGAACAGAGCUCAGGGUCUGGAUCGGCAAGGAUUAUGCCACCCUGCUGGGCUUGGGGAUGGGUGACAAUGUAAAAUGUGAAGUCGGAGACAAAGAAACAGUCCUGCGCCUUCUGCAAGACAUCCAGUUGGUCACCCUCCCAGAGCCCAGCAGCUCCUCUCUUUGGUCAGACAACAGCCAAUCACAGAGCCCCAUGCUUGUCAUCAGUGACGUGACGACCGUGUCCAACCCAGACGCCGCUAGUGAUUCUGGCAUGAUGUCUGUCUCUGCGUUUCCCUCCUCCUCCUCCCUGAUCUCCUUACCGUCCCCGGGCUCUCAUUCAUUGGAAAAGUACGACUUUAUGCCCGGGACUGAGAAACUGCUGAGUAACCCAAACGUCACAGAGAACAGCCCAUGGUACUUUUUUGGGUUCGAGCCGGACCCUACCGGCCGGCCUCUGGACCGGAGCGCUGUGGUGUGUAAGCUGUGUGGGGAACAUAUCAGCUGUGGGGGGGGAGCAGCAGAUCUCCAAAUCCAUCUGACCAACAAGCACCACAUCAGAACACGCGAUGGCAACAAGGACCGGAGCCUUCUGACAAUAGGUCAACAACGCUCCCAGCCAGUGAUGCUUAACAGCGGUAUGGUCAGUACACCCCCGCUGAUAUUGUCCCCCAAUGUGACCAACGCCAUCGCCAACUUCCUCAUCGUGGAUCUCCAGCCCCCGGCUCUGGUAGAAGGGGACGGCUUCAAACAGCUGAUUCACACCCUCCUGCCCUCCUACAAGGAGCUGCCUUCUCCUCGGCAGCUGGAGAGCCUCCUGAGAGAACAUCACAACCGGGGCAAGGCGAGUUUGGCCCAGCUGCUGCGGAGGAAACUGGGAAGCAGCGAGAACGAGGAGGUCUCCGACUACACGGCUCCCAUCGGAUUCGAGUCCAGGAGACGUGGGCGCCCUCUCGGUUACCGGAGGGAAGUGCCUCACUUUGUCACUUUAAGCGUGGAUGUUUGGUUCCACAGCUGGCAGGGCAGCGGUGAGCGCUACCUCACCCUCUGGGCCCAUUACAUCGACUGUCAUUUUACUUUUCAGAACCUGGCUCUGGCCACCCAAAGGCUGACCAAGAGCGGGGGGAAAGACUGCAGCCUUCGAGCCGUGGAGGCUCAAGUGAAAGGGAUGGCCCAGGAGUGGGGGAUCUCCCAGCCUAACCUGGUCUUGCUGGGAGGGGAGGGAAGGAACAAGAUGAGGCCAGGGCACAUGAAGAGCAAGAGAGGCGGAGAGGCCGGAGGAAGCGCUCCUCACCCGAACUCGACGACCUUUCUCGAAAGGGAGGACCCCGUGUCCCCCGAGGAAGGCCCGGAGCACGUCAGCCAUUCGAGCGAAGGACUACCAUCCGUGCCGUGUUUCUUCAGCGCUGUGCAAGGCUGCAUCGAGGAAGUGAUGUCACACUCGGUCAUCUCCAAGACCCUCAGUCAGUUCCAGGGUAUUCUCACAGACCUGUUCCUGCCACCUGCUCCCAACAAAGGCUCGUAUCCGCACCACGCCCAGAGUCUGUUGCACGCCCUGACCAAACACGAACAGGCCGAGCUGAAGUCGUGGGCCCACAGCCGGCCAACGUGGAAUAAGCUGUACCCUCUGCUGAGCGUGCUCAUCAAGCAUAAAAGCCUUUUCUGCGAUAUGAUGAAAGAGGUCAAAGGCGAGGGCUCGUCUAAAGAAGACACGGGUUCAGAAUCCAGUUCGUCCGGCAGCUGGCACGCAAACUCCACCUCCUCCAACGCAUCCUCAACCGGCGGCGCAGCUUUGCGAUCCGAAUGGAAGGUUCUGGAGGAGCUGUGUUUGGUCCUCAAGCCCCUGGAUGUGGCGUGUCGAACCCUCGCCAAGGAGGCCUUCCCCCGUCUGUCCCUGGUCAAACCCAUUCUCACCGGCCUGCUCUCCCGACACCUCAUGUCGCGGCCGGGCGACUCGUCGUCCACCCUGAAGGAGGUGAAGAGGAUGAUGAGGCGGAACUUGGCGAGCUGUUACGAAAACCCCGUCGUCAACAGGGUUCUGUGCGUGGCGUGUUCCCUCGACCCCCAGUUCCACGGGCUGGGCUUCAUGGAGGACAAGGAGCAGACAGCCACCUUUGAUUGGCUGAAGCAAGAGGCCGUCAGGAUUGUGAAGGAGGACAGGAGGAGGAGCCAAGGUAAGACCCAAAGCCAGAUCAAGAGAAGCCCCUCCCCCGGCUCACCGGAGUCCGAGAGCGACUUCCUACGGCGGAGCAAGCGCCUCAAAGAAUCCCGCCCAAUCAACUUCAGAGAGCUCAUAGACGUCGAUGAAGAUGAAGAGAGCGAUCCGGGGGAGGCCGACGACUGUGAGUUUGUGGAUCCAGGCGCUCAGGGCGGACUCUCCGGUAUGGAGUUCCUCCUGGGAGACCUGUUCAGCUCCGCUCCCAAGGCCAGGCAGAGUUCUGUGGAGGAGUCAAUAGACAUGGAGAUGUCCGUCUUCAGAGCCGACAAGGGGGCUUCCCUGGGAGUGGAGCCCCUGCAGUGGUGGAGGACCAAGGCGGUGCAGUUCCCGCUGUUGGCCGCGGCGGCGCGGGCCUACCUGGCUGCCCCGGCAGUGGCAGGGAGCGCCGCGCAGGACUUUGUGCAGGAAGGAGCGGGGGCCACGUACAGGAAGAGAGCCAACAUUCCACCAGAAAGUUUGGACUCCAUCUUGUUUCUGCACCACAACCACAUGCCCGACGCUGAGGGCGGGCAAACGGCGGUUAGGAAUGAGGACCGGAACAGUGCGAUUGAAAAGGUCCCGUAAAUGCACAAACUACAUUCUUUCCUUUUUCACAAGCUCGGAUUUUUACACGCACCCUCUUUGGACAGCAAAGGUUUAAAAUGUAACUUCAAGAUGCAAAUUUCCACAAAAAAGUAACUAGGCCUGGGUAUCGUUCAAAACACGUAGAUCUACCAUUACCAAUGCUGUGACUUCUAUGCCGGUUCGGGUUUUUUUUGGGGGGGGUUUUCCCUUCAUUGUACAGUGACUGUGGACAGACACGAAAGGGGGAGAGAGAUGGGGGACACGCAGCAAAGGGCAGCAGGUCGGAGCGAACGCUCCCACUGGUUGAGCCAGAGGCCGCCCCUUUUUGAUACCAAUUUGAUGAAAUCCAUUUUACCAAAAAGAAAUGACAACAUUACACAUUACAGCACAAAUCUUUUUAUUCAUUUUUCAGCUCCUACUACGUGAC